CCGCCUGCUGCUAUUAGCAAAUCCAAAGACUGCCCAGCUAGCGCCAAUCUCCAAAAGACUGAAUCUCCGACAGUUAGGCCUGCACUUCCUGCCUCUCAGCCCAUUGCCAUGCGCCCCCGGUCCAGUCUCCUCUCCCCCAUUUCUCCAACUUGUUUACUCCAACAUGGGCCCUACCCUGCUGGGCCCCUGCGCAGUCUCUGUCACCUGACAGGGUGGGGACACAGCCAGGUAUAUAGCCCUUGCCCCUCCAGCCAGGCCAGGCACUGACGCCAAGGACGGAGACGGAGACGUUGGCUAAGUAAGCACUGUCCCCAGGCCAUCUUGGCACUGUCACCACCAUGAAGUUGCUCGCAAUGACGGUGCUGCUCCUCACCAUCUGCAGCCUUGAAGGGGCUUUGGUUCGAAGGCAGGCGGAGGAGCAGAGCCUGCAGAGCCUGGUCUCUCAGUACUUGCAGACCGUAACCAGCUACAGCAAGGACCUGAUGGAAAAGGCCAAGGCCCCCGAGCUUCAGGCCCAGGCCAAGGCCUACUUUGAAAAGACACAGGAGCAGCUGACGCCCUUGGUCAAGAAGGCUGGAACUGAUCUAAUUAACUUCUUGAGCAAUUUCAUGGAUCUCAAAACACAGCCCACUGCCCCGUGAGGGGGUCUACACCAUUGUCUUCCAAC